AACCAUCAACCUACACCCAGUCACAAUCGCCAGAAGAUGACCAACUGGCUGCUGUUCUGAUACUGUGAUAAUAGACGACAACUGGAUGAUGGUCUCAAAAUGGCUUGCAAUUUCCAUUUGGCCAGGCUGACCACGAAAUGAAAUGGCCCGUCUAUCGACCGAGCGCACUAUAUAGUGCUCCCAUCCCCUUCCGACAAUCCGAACCACCAUAAGCACACCCUUCAACCUCAUCACCAUUCCGUACGCCUUGUUUUGAUGAACCAGCAGCUAUAUGCAACUUGCUCUAACGCAUUCGAAAACCUCCACGUGUACUGGAACUUCAUUCAUAAAACCGAAGCCCUGGAAGUCCCGCUCCUACUUCAGUAUGGUCUGCUAAGAUGCAGGCUAAAAUUAUCACAGCCUUAUCCAUCUUGCACCAGGUUUUGGUUCUCCUGCAUGGUUUUGCUUCGGUUGCUGCGAUCUGCUUCGUGCGCUGAAGCCUUUUAACACUCGGUUCUCCAUAACAUUGGUCCUCAUUGUCGCAGGCAUAGGAAAACUCUGCCUUGCAGUCCAUACAACCAAACAAUGUUGCACUGAUUCGGGCAUCAUUUAACUGGCUGAAGGGGUAAUUCAUCACAUGCUUCAAUUCUGAUUUUUUUUACCAUGAAUGCAGCACUGGGUGCUGAUAUGGUCUUGGAUGACCUCCGAGUCGAGUCGUCUGAUAAGGGCCGAUAAUCUAUGGCAGCAUGACUCUGUUAUCAGAAUUUGGCAGGCUUUCUGGCUCUUGUUUCUUGUUCGAGAGCAUGAAUUGCUAUCUCAGGCGCAGCAGGUGGAUUUUGCGUCACCAUGAUGUGUCUUCGCACUCGAAGUACUGGAUGGCUUGGCUGGACGAGCAUUGACGUGUUAAGAGGAAGUCACAGUCGUGAUUUGGACUGUCGUAAAUUAUCCACAUGGAUUCGUAUGUAGUUCUUUUGCUCUUUUGAGAGCAGCGAUACGAUGAGAUCAUGCUGUCUCUUACUUGGUGGAACCAUUGGGGGUUAACCCAAGCGAUCCAACCAUCAACAGCUAACACCAAGGCGCUUGAUAUUUGCAAACAUCUCCGGACGGACGCUGCACAAUAGCCAGUGCAUGGGCGAAAGCAUGACACCCAGAGAGCUGGAAGAGCGUGCAAGUGCAUGUACUCGGGAAAUUCAUCAAGUUCGUCAAGAGCUAGAGAUAUCUGCCCAUUUCGAUCAUUUCUGCGCCUAUCACCAGCUUCCGGUGCUUUAGGACAUGAGUUUACUCGGGGUGAGCCUGAACUACUGACAGAUCCUGGCAAGGCAACUCUAACGCAAAACUCACGUUACCCCAAUCGUUGGCUUCAUUCUUCCUUUCUUUUUGUGUCAAUCGCGCUGAUUUUGCAGAUGACAAAAAUUCCCCGACCUGCAUUGGGCCAAAAAGCCUACGUCUUAAAUUCCCCGCGACCGCACGGGGCCACUGAUAGUUAGCGGGUCACCACGUCAAGGCUCAAGGUACCUGGUCAUUCCCAUCGGUUAAGGUGCGGCCCCUAAGUAACCACUGAAAACUCGACGCCCAGCUGCACUCAUGGAGAACGUAUCCAAACCUCCACGUCGACGUCGACAUGCUGCCAUGAGAGACGAGCGAGAACUUAAUGACCAAGGAGAACGGGCUCGACAUGAGCGAGGAAUGAAGCCCUCACAGAGAUCAAGGUCGCCCCGUCAAGUUCGCGAUUCUCGCCACGAUUCCGACGCACGCCGCAACCGCCCACCCAUAAGACCAGAUUCUCAUUCAUCUCGCCGUCGUCGCCAUUCGCACGAUCGUAGUCGUGAUCGCGCUUCUCGUCUAUCGCCCGAAACAUCACGUCGAGGACCAGAAGUCGAAGAUCUUAUUCCGCGUUAUCGAGAACGCCAUCGCGAAAUCGAGGAGAAGCCUCCGCGGCGAAGCCAGAGCCGAAGUCCAGGCCACGACUAUAUCAGCAGGGCAUCGCCCUCGGCAGCCAAACGACAUCGAAGUCGGAGCCCUUCUUUAACCAUUUCCAAUCGAAAGAGAUCCAGAAGAAACAGGAGCCCAAGGCCAAGGACAAGGGACAUCAGCCUAGAGUCUCCAUCUAGGAAGCACGCCAGGCACUCCUCACGCGACCGACGUAAAACAUCGCCUCGCCAACAAGCACGAUCUUCUAGAUCCCCCACACGUUCACGACCUAGAUCCCCAGCAAAGUCGGACUCGGGUUCGCGACGGGCAGACCGAGAGGCUCAGUCCCAGUUAGAACGACCUCAACCACGGUCACGAAGCCGAUCGCUUACAUCAGAGCACCACUUUGCUUCAUCCCGAAGAGCUCGUGCAUCAUCUCGUGAGGAUCAACGGACGUCAGGUCUUGAGCGGAUUUCCUCGCGGCGACAGCUUCCACCACGAUCACCUCAAGCAAGUAGGGAACGGAGAUCUCGAGAAGGGUCGCCCGGUUGGCGUCAUUCUUCGAGGUCCGAUAUUGACGAAGAUAUGACCUCCAGAAGCAAUCCUCGAGGAGGCUAUAACCCGAAGUAUCACCAAAAAUCACAUAUCAGUAACGAUCAGUAUUCCCCAUCACCCCAACACGCUUCGUACCAUAACUCGCCUUCACGAUCACCCUACGGGCCAUCACGUGGUGGAUGGAAUGGUCAUCAGUCCUACCCACCUCAGUAUCCUCAAGGGAGUAGUCACGGUCCCCCAAGUGGCCCUUCUAGCCAUUAUCAUUCCAAUACUACACGGUCACCGCCAUACGCCGCUCCGACAGGCCCGAUGCAGCAGUACCCUCAGGGGGGGAGCUACCGCGGUGGCUACAGAGGUGGCGGUUUUCGAGGUCGUGGGAGAGGUGGCUUCAAGAAUUCUCAUUGGAACUCAGGCCCUCCUUCAAGAGGACACCACGAUGAUUUAGGCAAUGAACGCUUCAGCAAUGUGGACGACCACGGAAAUACAGGUUCUGAGCCUAUGGAUGUUCAGGAAGAAGUGUUUCAGUCUCACGAUGAAUUGGGCGAAGACACCAGCCAGAGUGUUCAGGACAGAGCAGGCCCAUUGACUACCCCCAACAGACCACCCCCAUCUGGUCCAGGAGGUUCAUCUGGUAGCAAGUUCAGUUUUGCCUUCAAACCUUCAUCAAAGCCAGCGGUCACUGCGCCAAAGCCCGAGAUAUCACAAAAGUUGAAUGCGGCUCCUCGGCGGGAACCUCAGCCGGAGAAUCGAGACAGAGAUCGAGACAGAGAUCGAGCCCGAGAUCAAGAGCGCGAACCUCCCCGAAGUGCACCGACAGAGCCAGCUUCCUCUCGACCACGCCACGAGCGUCGCCAUCCUCCCGAAGGCCCUAGAGUUGCGCCCCGUAUGCGUAAGGUGAUGAAAAUCAUGAAACGACCGAAGCCAAGACCGACUCUCCCAGCUGAUCUGGUGGACUCGGAAUCUGUCUUCUUCAGAAAACCUGGAAACGAAUCAGUCGUUGGCUCCGGUACCUAUGGCAAGGUUUUCAAAGGCCUGAAUGUUUACACAAAGGGAAUGGUUGCCCUCAAACGAAUUCGAAUGGAAGGCGAGCGUGAUGGUUUUCCUGUCACAGCUAUCCGAGAAAUCAAGCUUCUUCAAUCUCUCAGACAUGUCAAUAUCGUCAAUCUUCAGGAGGUUAUGGUCGAAAAGAAUGAUUGUUUUAUGGUGUUUGAGUACCUGUCGCAUGACCUCACAGGACUGCUGAAUCACCCUACAUUCAAACUGGAGACGGCUCAAAAGAAAGACCUCGCUAAACAGAUGUUCGAGGGCUUGGAUUAUCUCCAUACGCGAGGGGUACUCCAUCGCGAUAUCAAGGCCGCAAAUAUACUCGUCAGUAACGAGGGAGUCCUCAAGAUUGCUGAUUUUGGCCUCGCUCGAUUCUACGCCAAGCGUCACCAGCUGGACUACACCAACCGAGUCAUCACCAUCUGGUAUCGCUCACCAGAGCUAUUGCUUGGCGAGACUAAGUACACUGCUGCUGUUGAUGUCUGGAGUGCAGCAUGCGUCAUGGUUGAGAUUUUUGAUCGGAAUGCCAUCUUCCCGGGUGACGGAACCGAGCUUAGCCAACUGGAAAAGAUCUACAACGUGAUGGGCACGCCGAACUUGAAAGACUGGCCCAAUCUCAUUGAUAUGGCUUGGUUUGAACUUUUGCGCCCAACUGUGAAGAGAAGGAAUGUCUUCGCAGAGAAGUACCGUGAUAAGAUGUCACCAGCCGCCUUCGACCUGCUCUCCGCCAUGUUCCAUUACGACCCUGCAAAAAGACCCAGCGCUGCACAGGUACUCCAACAUGCAUACUUUACGGAAGAAGCACCAGCAGCCCGCCAGGCUACAGAGUAAGUUGAUCAAGCUUGUAUAUGACAAGCAUCACUCACUAACCAAUCCGUAGACUCGCAACACAUAAUGACUGGCAUGAAUUCGAGUCUAAAGCCCUGAGGAAGGAAAACGAUCGACGCGAGAGAGAAGCUAAAAAGCUGGCUAAAGAGAAUGCCGGCCGGGACAAAGAGAAAGAUAAGAAACGUAUUAAUGAAGGGACCGACCAGCGCGACACAAAGCGGUUACAGGUUGACAAGAAUGGUGGCAACAAGCCCACGCCGGCAGUCGCACCACCGAAUUCGACCUCUGAAGCGUAAUAUUCAUGACACCUUGAUCUAUAACUCGAAACGAUUACUCCUCGGCUUCACACCUGGUAUUUUCGAACAUAGACGGCAUUACGCCAUCUGCAGGAGACUUCUAGGCAAUCUGACGUUUCCCAUCCUCUUGUUGGGCGUCUCCGUACAGGCCAAGGCGACCAAAUCAGUGGACUGGCGUUUUUGUUUUUAUAUCUCAUCCUUCGUUUCUUUUGAGUCUCAGUGGCUUCAUAACUUAUCAUGUUGGAACCUAAAGCAUGCAUAAUGCAUGGGCGCUGGCAUGGGUUUCUGAUUGUUUCGCCGGCUCCAUGGCCUUGUUUUUUGCAUCCUGCCUAUUGGCGCAGGAUGGGCAGUGGUCACAGAGGGGGGACAGAAUUUCCUUUUUGACGAAGGCAUGGCAAAGUAUUGUUGCUAUAUAGAAAUGACCAAGACAGUGAAUCAAAGACAAAGGGCGAAAAUUAGACAGCGAAAGCCCAUUAAUGUGUAUUAAGCCAUCCUCAGGGAAGACAAUCGCCGCCAGCUAAGUGCAUCAUUGAGGUCUAUUUAUAUGCGACAAGUCCUAAGACUCCUCAUGCCAGUCAACGGUAUUGUAGCUUACCUACUAUCUUGGAUUGUCAUUGAGGAAGUCCUAUCGUACAAAUGUUAUCUUGCUGCUGUUGCCGACCCUUUUUUGGAGUUUCAAUAGGCAACUCGAUCUGAGAAAACCAUACGAUCCCAAACUUUUGACUUCUCUGUAUCUGUCCCAUCCCUAAUCAUAUCAUUAUUGGCUUCGUGAAAUCGUGAGUAAUUCGUUACAUCAUUGCUGGACGUUGAAUCUUGGGUGGAUACCCAACCCAACUGCCCUUUUUAAGUAUGCGGAUAUGUCUUUAAGCAAGAGUGCUGUGUUCCUCUUGUUUGAGCUUCUUCUUCGUUACUGAUACGCCGCCGCCUCGACACCUUUUCCUUUGAUAUCUCGAGUUUUCAGAAGCUCACGUAGACUACCCUCCGCACGGCCCUUAGUCGUUGGCAAAGUAUCAGACGAACGCCAACUCAUCCAACCACUAAGCGUGGACAUCAAAUUGCUCCUUUGGUUAGAUGUCUCGAUUGCAGAUAUAGAGCCAUGGACAACCGGCUGAUCAAGUCCUUCUGUGGCUGCGAGACACUUCUUUGGUAAACCAGGAAGAUGGUCUUUGUUUGUUACCUCAGGUGCUGUUCGGAUUUCGAGUUGGCUGCUGGAUGUUUGAGGUAAGGCAGGCUCACUGACAAGACCAGCAGCCGUGGGUCGACUCGAUUCCAAAUCAUUGAGGUGCAUGCUCAGCCGAUUGCCAUCAAUAAGGGCCAAUGAACCAGACCGUUUUGGACGAGGUGACCGUUGUCUGACAUCCUCCUCUUCCAGAAACACGUUCUCGCUGGCUCCUCCUUCAGACGAGACCGAUGAUCCGUGUUCGCUGGACCCUUUUUGUGCGGCUCUGCCGCGAACGUCCUCGGCAAUCUCUGCAGCCGACUUCUUCUUUGCUUUAUCCUCAUCCGAUGAUCUACUCGAUGACAUUAUGGUCUCCAAUGUUCCCAUGGCUCUGCUGUUCCUCCUCACGCCCAUCGGUCGUUUUCUAGAUCGUUUGAUGUUCCUCUCAUCAUCGGAUGACACAGCUUGAAGGGUGGGUCCCUGAGCCUCCUGGCUCUCGAUAGCUGGAGCCAUAAAAGACGAGCCUGAGCCAUGGGGGGCAUAAUGAACUUCAUACUGGUUGCUAAGAGAGUAUCGUGACUUAGCACAGAUCUCUGCGAUACGGUCCAGAUCAGCAUUUAUAUCAGUACCGCCACUCUGGUCUUCUAGAUUGGCCAUAAAGCUUUUGAAGCGGAAGGCUUCGACAGAUGGAAGUUUCGGCUCCUCUGGUUCAUUCUCGAGUCGUUUCUUUGUUCGGUUUCUCGCCAUUGUACCCAUAAUUCCAUUCCGGACCGAGGCAGAACCUGUACCAAAAGGCAGCACUCGUCGUACGAAAGCUGAAGGGCCGCUACUCUCUGAUAGUGCUGAGCGGUGCCCUCGACCGUUGACAACAAUGACUCCUCUGUCCGCAGGCUGUGCUGGUACAGGGGCGUAGUAACUUCGCACGAUCACAGGCUGCGAAUAGGUACUGCUCUGGGCACCAGUAGACUGUGCGUAUCGAUGACGAGUGGGAAAAUUGGAAUUCAACUCUCGAAGAGCUGACGUUCGAUGCUCAGCAGUGGAAUUGUCAACAGGAAUAGGCUUUCCCUCUGCAGUUGAGGGCACCAGGCUCGUCGAUGAGGCGUUCGUCUGGAAUAGGGGUGGGAAGGAGAAUUGAAGAGAGUGUGGACGUGGUUUGCUGAGGGCCGGUGUUGAUGAGGUCGACGUGGAGGCGUGGUGUCGAGAUGGUUUGUGUUGAUGGAUUUGGGGCGGCUGGGGGGGCUCCUCUGGAGAAGGGGAUCGCAUGAUGGAGAAUUGGGACCUGACUCCGUAUAUAUAUAGUGUGAGUGUGUGUAUGUGUGUGUUGUGCUUGUCUUUGUAUACAAGUAUAGGAGUUGGAGGCGAUAGCGCGAGGUGUUGAUUCGGGUCAAGCGCAAAUGUCACCCCAGGUGUGCACCAAUUGGGGCGGGCAUUGGAUGCUCCGAAGCGGCAGGACGAUAAGGUACUAUACUCGAGCUUUGCAUAUGGGCUUGUAGCUAGUAUCUGUACAGACGUGUACACUUGAGGGUGGCAAGCGAACGCUGAAAUGGGGAAGCUGUUGGGAUGAUGAUUGUCGUGGUUAACAGUCGGUCUAGGAUACCUAUGCAAGGUGUCCCGGGGAUUAGCUGCAAAGGCAGCGGUAAAGAAGCAAGUGUAGAAAACUAGGUACCUUUGGACUAGCUCCUAGGCUGGUAGUGUGUAGCAAGGUACAUAUGUCAGGAACGAUGUGCUCCGAACAAUUUGGCGCAUCAACCCCAGAGGCUAUGUGAAUUGGACAGCUAGAACAAUGAAUGGCGAGUGAUGGGAGCCAGCAAGGCAAGAAAACGUAAAACCAUG